AUGAAUUCCCACAGAAUCUACGACUACAUCACCGAAAUUCUGGCAUUUAGUGGCGGUACGUUCCAGUUCAAAAGCUCCGUGUUCCAAAAGACGAGUAAGUUUUGCACUGCGAAUCCUUUGGACGUUCAUCACAUUUUGAGCAAAAACUUCAGUAAUUAUCCAAGAGGCAAUGCAUUUCGUGAGAUAUUCGAUAUCCUUGGAGAUGGAUUCUCUAAUACUGAUGGAGACAUAUGGCAAUUUCACCAUAAUACAAUCAUGUCUCUCUUCAAGUCCCCUAGUUUUCACACCCUCUUGGAAGAAACUAUUUGGAACAAAGUGGAGAAAGGGUUAAUGCCUGUACUUGAAUAUGUUUCCAAGCAAGAGGUGGAGAUAGAUUUACAAGACAUAUUUCAGAGGUUUGCUUUUGACACAAUAUGUUUAUUGCUUUUUGACAGCGAUCCUAAAAGCAUGUCUCGUGAUUUUCCUUGUAUUCCAUGCGAGAAAGCUUUGUCAGAGAUCGAAGAAGCGAUCUUGCACAGGUACAUCCUGCCCCCAAGGUUUUGGAAAAUUCAAAACGUGCUUGGAAUGGGGCAUGAGAAGAAGUUAAGUAAUGCAUGGGAAACCGUUGAUGAGUUUAUAUAUAAGUGCUUAGCAGAAAAACGAAAAGAGUUCAGUAAAUUAAACUCUGGAACUGAAGAGGAGGAGUUCAGAUUAUCUACAGCUUUUUUAAGAUCAUAUAAAGGCCAAAGUGGGAGUUCUGGUGAUCAAAAUAAGUUUCUGAGGGACACUUUACUGAAUUUAUUGGUUGCAGGAAGAGAUACCAACAGCAGCACUCUAUCUUGGCUCUUUUAUCUUCUUUCCAAAAAUCCAAUGGUAGUAAAUAAGAUCUUUGAGGAGCUUCAAACCCAACUUAAAGGGAAAGAUAUCCAUGCAAUAGAGUUAAACAAACUAGUUUAUCUUCAUGGUGCAUUAUGUGAAUCCUUAAGGCUAUUCCCUCCUGUUCCUUUUCAAAUUAAAACUCCAUCACAACCUGACGUCCUUCCAAGCGGACAACGAGUUGAUCACAACACCUCAAUUAUCCUAUCUUUUUAUAGCAUGGGAAGGAUGAAAUCGAUAUGGGGGGAGGAUUGCAUGGAGUUUAAGCCCGAAAGAUGGAUUUCAGUUGGGGGAGGGAUCAACCAUCAACCAUCAUACAAGUUCCCUGCAUUUAAUGCUGGGCCAAGAACUUGUUUGGGUAAGCACAUGAGUUUCACUCAGAUGAAGAUAGUGGCAGCUACCAUCAUAUAUCAUUACCAUGUGGAUAUUGUAGAAGGGCAACUUGUGUUUCCAAGUGACUCCAUCAUACUCAAGAUGAAGAAUGGAUUAAGAGCAAGGUUAACUAAAAGGAGUGAGAGCCUAGGGCUCGAGAAGAUCGGAGGAAGCCUCCGCCGCCGGCGGGUGUGUCGGUCGGUGGAGGGCAGGCGUAAACGAAGCGUUCGGGACAGAAGGGUGCUGUUUCUAGUCUGUUUAGCAGCCGUAAUCGGAGGCGUUAUGGUGUUUCGGUCGGCCGUUGUUGUGGUAGACGUACCGGUUAAGACGACGGGGGUGACCGGUGAUAAACACUUGUGUUCCGUGGCUGUUAGUAGUGAUGAAAGGAGGAAGAACGUGGCUGUUCGGUUGUUAGUUGCGGGUUUGCGCGGCUGGUAUACAACCGGUGAUAACAGUAGAUGGUGGCUUUGGAUUCGUCUCGUUUGGCAAGGUGAGAAAACGGAAGAAGCGGGUGGCUUGUUUUCUUUGUCGGUGGAGAGCCUCUUGAACAAGGGUGAUCGGAAAAAGGUAAAGAAAGAAAAAACACGGUGUAACAUUAUGGUGUUGGAGUUCAAAUCGGGUGACUUGGAUGUGACCGGGUGGGUCAUUGAUCCGUGA